CAUAAUCAAAGAAGAAUGUUUUUGGUGUAAGAAGUGGAGCAAGUGAGUUCUUAACAACUCCUUGAUCAUAAACCUUAUCACAAUUAUAAUCUACACAUAACUUCAAAGACAACUUUAUUUGAAUAUGUAAAUCAGCUUUUAUAUUCAUCUAUCUAUAUAUACACAUAAGUAGCAAUUUCAAUAUUACAUAUAUAGCAUCUACAAAAUCUGAUUAUAAUGGACUCAGGAAAAGAGGUUGAGGAAUCAUCAUCAGCUCCAAUCCUAGAAUCCAAGAGGACUAGGAGCAAUGGCAAAGGGAAAUCCAUUGAUGAUGGGGAUGCUCCUCCUCCACCUGCUGCCGCAAAAACUCAUGUUGUUACCACAAAAGCUACACCACAUCACAAAGGUGGAAUGAAAAAGGGAAUUGCAAUCUUAGACUUUAUUUUGAGGCUUAGUGCCAUUGGUUCUGCUCUUGGUGCUGCUGUUCUUAUGGGGACUAAUGAACAAAUACUUCCAUUCUUCACUCAGUUUCUUCAGUUCCAUGCUCAAUGGGAUGAUUUUCCUAUGUUUAGGUUUUUUGUGGGGGCAAAUGCAACAGCAAGUGGAAUUCUGAUCCUCUCUUUGCCAUUCUCAAUUGUCUGCAUUGUUAGACCUCUUGCAGUUGGGCCACGGUUUCUACUUGUCAUCAUUGAUUUAGUGUUGAUGGGCUUAGUUGUUGCAGCUGCUUCAUCUGCUGCAGCUAUUGUGUACUUAGCACACAAUGGGAGUCAAGAUGCAAAUUGGAAUGCCAUUUGUCAGCAAUUCACUGAUUUUUGUCAGGGUAGUAGUUUGGCUGUCAUUGCUUCUUUUGUUGCUGCCAUUUUCUUAGCUUGUUUGGUUCUGGUGUCUUCAGUGGCUCUCAAAAGGAGUUAACAACUCUAUGGUUGUUCACAAAAAUUAUUACUCUUUUUUAAGUGUUGUCAACUUGUUUGAUUUUGUGGUUUGUAACUUAUUUUUAUCGUAUUGAAGUGAAAAGUCAAGUUCAAUGUUUGUUGUUUGCAACAAAUUCUAUAUUGCAAAUGUUAGUUUAUAAGGUUAAAAUGCUUCA